AUGAGCUCUGAAACAGUCUCUGAUAAUGAAUCAGAACAGCAAACCCAAUCUGUUCGUCAAAGAACUUCUGUUCAAGACAAUAAAGAGCCAAGUGUCUCUUCUCAAUCUGAUGAAAAGAAGUUAUCAAACAAGGAACUAAAAGAAUUGAAGAAAAAGGAGAAAGCCGCAAAGAGAUCUGCUAAGAAACAGGCUAGCGGUAUCACUGUUGAACAACAACAGCAACAAGCUCAGAUUAAAAGGGAAAAAAAGCAAUUACAGCGAGAACAACAAUUAGCUGGGAACAAGAAGGGGAAGAACAAUAAAUCAGAACCAAAGUAUGCUAGUAAGAAAUCAACAUUAUUUGGACAUUUGGAAACCACAGAAGAUAGAAGAGCAUCUUUCCUAGCUGUUACAAGUGCUAUUUGCUCUAAUGGUGCGUCUAAGAUCACAGCUACGGGCCUUAUGCUCCCAACGGUUGCAACAGCAUUGACUGUUAACAAUACCAAUAUCACUCCACCACCAGGACAUAUUCCUGUAGCAUCAGGAGCUCCUCCAAACGCGAUUGAUGUGGCUGCCCAAAUGCUGGCCAAUGUUUCAAUGGACGAUGAGGCGUCAUUCUUUCCUGGUACCUCAUCGGUUAUCCCACUUACACUAGAAGGCAGUUUGAAAAAUUCACAAUUAAUUUCAUCCGUGAAAGAAUUGGUGGCUAACAAAGAUCUCCUUCAUCCAGCCAUCGCUCUGCUCACCUCAGAAUUUGCGUCGUACAAGAUUGUGGGAUCAAUUCCCCGUUGUUUGGCGAUGUUAGAAGCGUUCCAAAUUGUAAUAAAGGACUAUAAGACACCAGAGGGCACAACUUUGUCACGUAAUCUCACAAACUAUUUGUCCCAUCAAAUUGACUUUUUGAAAAAGGCUAGACCACUCAGCGUAACAAUGGGAAACGCGAUCAGAUGGUUAAAGCAAGAGAUCUCACUAAUCGAUCCUGCAACCUCUGAUCAGAAGGCAAAAGACCAACUAUGUGAGAAGAUAGCUCAAUUUGCUCGUGAGAAGGUGGAACUUGCAGACCAGCUGAUUUUGGAAAACGCAUCGCAACAUAUCGAUAACAAUAGUACUAUUUUAACAUAUGGUUGUUCGAAAGUUCUCACAGAUCUCUUUAUUCAAAACGCAGUAGAUCUCGGAAAAAACUUUGAAAUCAUUAUUGCGGAUUCCAGGCCAUUAUUUGAAGGUCGUAAGAUGGCAGAACAGUUAAGAAACAAGGGUCUAAAUGUUACUUAUGUACUCAUAACCAGUUUAGCCACUGUUUUCAAUAUGGAUAUUGAUUACGUCAUAUUGGGCGCACACUCAAUUCUAUCCAAUGGCUUUCUAUAUUCUAGGGUGGGUACCGCUAUGUUAGCUAUGAGUGCAAAGAGAAGGAACAUCCCAGUUUUAGUCUGCUGUGAAUCACUGAAGUUUUCCCAGAGAGUUCAACUAGACAGUGUCACCUUCAAUGAGUUGGCCGAUCCGAAUAUUCUGGUCAAUAUUAGCUCUGAUGAUCCUGUAAAAAGGCAUAGCAACAAGGGCUUCUUACUACAAAAAUUUGUGAAAGAGCGGGCAGACCAUUUAAAACAGAAAGACGAGCAAGAUAUCAAGCAAAAUGCAAAUAUUUCCACAAAGGUACCAGAAAACAAUACAACCAGUGAAUCAGAAAAAUCUAUCCUUGCAGAUUGGCACGAGCUUCCACAUUUGAAUAUUUUCAACAUGUUAUACGACCUCACUCCUCCAGAAUACAUAAAAAAGGUUAUUACUGAAUUCGGUGCACUACCUCCUUCUUCUGUCCCUGUUAUCUUAAGAGAGUAUAAAGGCUCUGUCUGA